AUGGUUUUAAAUUUUGUUCAACAAGAAGAGAUUGAUCUUACUACUGCAUUUAUUUAUGUGAGUAUGGAUGAAAUUGUGGGUUCGGGACAAAAAACCUCUAUGUUUUGGAUACGUAUUCACCUAAUUUUUGUCCAACGCAACAGCAAUCCAUAUGAAAGAGAUUGGUCAGCCUUAAAAACCAAGAUGAAGUAUAUAAAAAAAGAUGUCAAAGAAUUCGUGUCCAUUCUUAAUGCUAUAUAUCGGCAAACCAAAAGCGGUGCGAGCCACGAAGAUUUGACAAAAGAUGGUCGGAAGCAAUUUCAGGAACAAACAGGACAACCAUUCAAGUAUGAUGCAUGUUAUGAAUUGUUUAGAGAAAAGGUCCCUGGAUAUAAUUAUGAACUCACUGUAAGCCAAAACAGUGAGUUAUUUAAUAAUCAUCGUAAAUUUGUAUCACACGAAGAUGGUACUGAAGUUCUUCCUAAUGGAGAGACUCGUUGGAAAUACAAGGAGAAUGCACGUCCUAUAGGAGCCAAAAAAGCCAAAAUGCUAGCCAGACAUCGUGAGCAAGGUAUAUUUAGAGAAGGUGAUGAGGGAACAUCUUCGGUUAAGAUGGAAGAAGAUAGGAUCUAUCAAUAA